AGAACCGGGGGUGGGCUUUCGGGGGGACAGCCGGCGGCUCCCCCCAGAUACCGCACCGCCAGGCACCGGGGAGCUCCGGGGUCCGGGCGCAGAGGCUGCGCUGUCACAUGGGUGGCGGCAACGGGGCCGCAUUUAAGCGGCCGGGGGACGGCGCCCGCCUGCAGCGAGUCCUCGGGCUGGGCUCCCGCCGGGCGCCCAGCUCCCUGCCCGCAGGGGGCCCCGCGCGCGCCGCCCCGCGCCGCCCCCCGCCGCCCCCGCCGGGCCAUGCCAGCGCCGGCCCCGCCGCGAUGAGCUCGCACAUCGCCAAAAGCGAGUCCAAGACGUCGCUGCUGAAGGCGGCGGCGGCGAGCGGGGGCAGCCGGGCUCCCCGCCACGGCCCUAUCCGGGAGUCGGGGCUGUCCGGCCGCCGGUUACCGGGCGCCUGCCCCGCCACCCCGCCGCCACCCGGGGACCCCAGUUCGCGGAGGCCCUUGUGCCGGCCCGCGCCGCGAGAGGAGGGCUCGCGGGGGCACCGGCGCGGGCUCCCCCAGGCGCACGGCAGGCCCCGGGAGGCGCUGCUGGCCGUGGCGCCCCGACCUUCGCCGCCGUCGCCGCUGCCGCCGGCCCGCGGGCGGGAUGGGGAGGAACGGGGACUGUCCCCGGCGCUCGGCCUCCGGGGCUCCUUGCGAGCCCCGGGCCGCGGGGACUCUGCUCCCGCCGCCGCGUCCGAGGCGGACCCGUUCCUCCACCGACUGCGCCCCAUGCUCAGCUCCGCCUUCGGCCAGGACAGAUCACUGCGGCCAGAGGAGAUUGAAGAGCUCCGAGAGGCCUUCAGAGAAUUUGAUAAGGACAAGGAUGGCUACAUCAACUGCCGGGACCUGGGCAAUUGCAUGCGCACCAUGGGCUACAUGCCCACUGAGAUGGAGCUCAUCGAGCUGUCCCAACAGAUCAACAUGAACCUGGGUGGCCACGUGGAUUUUGAUGACUUCGUGGAGCUAAUGGGGCCUAAACUCCUGGCAGAGACGGCAGAUAUGAUCGGGGUAAAGGAACUGCGGGAUGCUUUCCGAGAGUUCGACACCAACGGUGAUGGAGAGAUAAGCACCAGUGAGUUGCGAGAGGCCAUGAGGAAGCUCCUGGGUCAUCAGGUGGGACACCGAGACAUAGAAGAAAUUAUCCGAGAUGUGGACCUCAAUGGGGAUGGAAGAGUGGACUUUGAAGAGUUUGUCCGGAUGAUGUCCCGCUGAGGCAGCAAGGGCCCCUUCAGGAUGCCAAGCUCCCGCAGGCGGGGAGAAGAGGAACCAGAGCACACCUCACCCCGCCGUAGCCACCAAGAGCCCAGGAUGUACUGGCGGAUGGGGCCUGCCUGCCCCCCACCCCGGACCCCCACCCCUCCGCACUGUGAAAGACUCACAACUCCUGCAACUGGAAAGGGGGGUGCCCGCCGAGGAGGAGGCCGCGGUGCCAAGCCCCAGCAGAGGUUGUGCCAGGCGCCAAGUGCCACGUGUCCCAGCCGCUGCUGGCUGGGUGGGCCAGGGAGCCCUCCAGCAGCCCCCACACAGCAUGUCCGCUCCGGGAGGCCCAGCCUCUCGCCGCCCUUAGCUCUGUGCCCGACCCAGCUCGCCUCAGCCCUGUUAUCUCAGAAACAAUAAAAACAUUUCCAAGAGGACAGCA